AUGGAGGCCGCGAGCAUGAGCUCAUUCUCACGGGCCCGCGCCCAAGCUGUGGAGUCUCAAAUCCGAAGUUUCGGGCAGACCCCCUGCCAGCUGCUCAUCGAGCCGCACCCGCCCCGGAGCUCGGCCAUGCAAGUGACGCCGCUGAUGUUUACAGAGCAGAUGCAGCAGGACGUCAUCAUGGUGCUCAAGUUCCCGUCCAACUCUCCCGUCACUCACGUGGCCGCCAACACGCAGCCGGGCCUGGCGGCGCCCGCCGUCAUCACGGUCACCGCCAGCCGCGUCUUCGCCGUCAACAAGUGGCACGGCCUUUCAGGUCAUCCCAGCUCGGCCGUGCAGGACCAGCAGUACCAACUUCCUGUGGAGAUCGACCCUCUUAUAGCCAGCAACGUAGGGAGUCACCGGCGCCAGAUUUCGGACCUCCUGGACCAGAGCAUCCAGAUCAGCUCGCAGUGUUUCGUGGUGACGGCUGACAACCGCUUCAUCCUGCUGUGCGGAUUCUGGGACAAGAGCUUCAGGAUCUACUCCACAGACACAGGCAAACUGACUCAGAUCGUGUUCGGGCAUCGCGACGUGGUGACGUGUCUGGCUCGCUCCGAGUCCUACAUCGGAGGAGACUGCUACAUCCUGUCGGGCUCCAGAGACGCCACCCUGCUGCUGUGGUACUGGAAUGGCAAGCUCAACAGCAUCGGGGACAGUCCGGGAACAGAGUUCACCACACCGCGGGCCAUCCUGACGGGUCACGACUGCGAGGUGACGUGCGCCAACGUGUGCGCCGAGUUGGGCCUGGUCAUCAGUGGCUGCAAAGAGGGACCCUGCCUGAUCCACUCCAUGAACGGGGACCUGCUCAGGACCCUGGAGGGCCCCGAGUGCUGCACGCAGCCCCGCCUCAUCCAGGCGUCCACGGAGGGACACUGCGUGGUCUACUACGAGAAGGGACACUUCAGCGUCUUCAGCGUCAACGGCAAGCUGCUGCGCCACAUGCAGGUGGAGGACAGCGUCAAGGCCAUGCUGCUGAGUCGUGACGGUCAGUACUUGCUGACGGGCGGCGACGGCGGCGUAAUCUCCGUGCUGCAGGUGCACGACCUCAAGCCGCUCUUCACCUACCCGCCCUGCGACGCCGGCAUACGCUCCAUCGCCAUGUCACAUGACCAAAGGUGCAUCAUCACAGGCAUGGCGUCAGGCAGCAUCGUGCUGUUCUACAACGACUUCAACAGGUGGCACCACGAGUACCAGACCAGGUACUGAGACCAGAACCGGGACGCCUUCUCCCCUGUCUAGCAAGCUGACUGCGGCGCAGUGACGCCCCACUUCCUCUUGGCGGCGCUGCCGAGUCCACGCCGAUGAAUGUAAACACAAAGGAAGUUUGUUUGUUUGUUUGUUUUUUGAGGCGCGGAGGAAAAGCGAGACUUAUUUUCUAGAAGACAAAAAAGGAAAGUUUUCUAUCUUUUUGGGGGUGUUUGUGUCUGUGCUUUAAAAAGAAGAACAUCUAUUUUUAGCUGUGAGAAUCUAUUUUCUUCUUCUUCUUCACUUAACGAUCCAAAUAUUUGUGUACUAGUCUUUGUAGUUUGUUGAAGAAGAAGUUUUCAAUGAAGGGAUUUCUAUAUUCAUGUUGAAAUAUCAUUUAAAAGAGCAUUCCUCAUCUUCCCCGCAUGGCCCCACUCACAUCAUCCUUGCAACAGUCCAGGAAGCUUUUAGGUCACCUGACCACACAGCCCUCUCUGAUUGGUGGGGAAACAAGCGUUGCUUUAGAACAUCAGGAAGUCUCCAGCAGUCGCUGACUAAAUGUUUUUUUUCCUGCUGGUUUGAAGUGGUUUUUGUUUUUGUUUUGUGAGUGUGUGGAAUUCACAUUAAAAUGGAAUUUUCUAACCUGA